AUGGGCGGCAAGGCGUCAAAGGCGGGGACGGCGCUCACCCCUGAAGCGGUAGAUGCCUUGUACAGAGAGGCGUACGCUGCUGGCGCGGCCGACGCUGAUAUGUAUCACACAUCACAACGCGAGGUGAUGCGACAACAGGAUGCGAUGGCAGGUAUUGGUGCGUGCAUGCUCAGUGCUUGGGUGGCAUACGUGUACGGCCGUACGACGGGCGUGCAAGCGGCAGAGGAGGCGGCGGCGCUGCGCCUUGAUGCGCAGCAGCAGAUGCUUGACAGGACAAGCAAGGACCUGGCACAGAGGGUGGAAGAGAACCGUAGCCUCAUUACCGUGCGGCAAGAGCAGGGUGUCAUGAUCGCACAGCAGCGCGACGAGCUGCAGCGUGCAGCGCAGCAGCGCCGCGGUAUGCAGCGGUCAAUGAACGCACUGCGGCAGCGCAACGCAUCUGUGCAGCGACAGAUGCGAAGCCUGAAGUCCUCACUGAGCGCUAUUCAGCUGCAGAUGUACGUCGGCAUGGCUGGCGCCGCCCUCGUCCUGCUUGCGGUAGUGUGGUCGACACGACCACUGCGCAAGGGACACUGGUCAUUCCUUCCCGUCCCAGCUUCGGUGGGCGAAGAGAGAGCGAUAGCGGCAUCAGCGCCGGUGGCUGUGGUGGAGGCCGUGGAGGUCAAGGAGCAGGCAGAGUCGUAG